AUGUCUUUCCCACUCAGCCUGGCCCUUGCCCUCGUUGCCACAGGUUCCCUUGUUAUCGCUGGACCCUGCGACAUCUACGCCGCUGGUGAUACGCCUUGCGUCGCAGCGCACAGUACCACUCGUGCCCUUUACGAUGCCUAUACAGGUGGGCUUUACCAAGUGUCUCGUGCCUCCGACAGCAACACAACCGAUAUCGUGCCAGUGACCGCUGGUGGUGUUUCCGAUGCUUCUGCACAAGAUACAUUCUGCGAAAACACUACCUGCAACAUUACCAUUAUUUACGACCAAUCUGGAAAUGGCAACGACCUCACUCAGGCCCCACCCGGUGGGUUUGAUGGACCCGCAGCUGGUGGCUACGAUAAUCUGGCUAGCGCCACCGGCGCCCCCAUUACGCUGAAUGGCCAGAAAGUGUAUGGUGUCAAAUUUGAGCCCGGCAUGGGUUACCGUAAUGACAACACCAGCGGCAUUGCUACAGGCGAUGACGCGGGAGGCAUGUAUGCAGUACUUGAUGGAACCGAUUAUAAUGAUCAGUGCUGUUUUGACUAUGGCAACGCUGAGACUAGCAACACCGAUACAGGUGAUGCCCAUAUGGAAGCUAUCUACUUCGGUGCUUGUACGACCUGGGGCACUGGCGCCGGAAGCGGCCCCUGGCUUAUGGCUGAUCUGGAGAAUGGUCUCUUCUCCGGCGAGAAUGCCACUUAUAAUAGUGGCGAUCCUUCUAUCACCUCGCGCUUCUUUACUGCUGUCCUCAAGGGCCAGUCGAAUGAGUGGGCACUCCGCGGUGGUGACGCUACUACUGGCGAGCUUGAUACCUACUAUAGCGGUGCGCGUCCUUCUGGAUACAACCCCAUGCUCAAAGAAGGCGCUAUCAUUCUGGGUAUUGGCGGUGACAACAGCAAUGGCGCACAGGGCACCUUCUACGAGGGUGUGAUGACCUCCGGUUAUCCAUCUGAUGACACCGAGAACUCGGUGCAGGCCGACAUCGUGGCCGCCAAGUACGCCACAUCUAGUUAG